AAUGCAAUGCACAAAAAAUAAAUAUAAAAUUGUAUUUACGGUCUGACCAGAUGGAUUUAACACUUUUUUUUAAGACAAAUUAACACAUUUUUUAUUGGGUUAAACAAAUGUGAGACUUAUUAAAGCUCCCCAGAUACUCGAUGUGAGGCAGCAGGGCCAUUGUUUGGCCCAGAAAACAACUUGUACUGUACCGUGUCACCUCUGUGAAACGGAAAGAUACCCCUUCAUCAGUGCCAGUGCCUAUUAUUAGCGCCCUUAUACUAGAACACUUGCUUUGUCCUGUGUAUUAUGAAAAUAAGGGACAGGUCAUCCGGCAGUGCAGAAAUCUGUCUACAGAAUCUGGAGUAUUUGAUGUUGUAAACUGGAUUUGGAGUGUUAUGCUUCUGCUUUUAAAGGCUUUAACUUGGAGUUGAAGUGUUUUGCUUGGAUUAAGACUCAUUUUUUACUGACAAAGCGAACGAUGUCUCAAAGACAAUCCAGAGAAAAGCAGGAGAAACCACUAUCUCUCCAUGAGCGGAUGGCACUGUUUCAGUCCUCCCCUCCUGCUAACGAGAGAACGCUUGGAGGAGGAGGUGGUGGGGGUGGAAAAAAGAAGGGGAGAUCAGACUCCAACAGUUCAACUCAACAAGUUCCGACUCAACAAGUCCAAACAGAAAAGAAACACGGCAAAACCAGUAAAGAGAACUCUCCCACUGCCCUAAGCAAAGCUCCUCCCAGUAAAACAAACACUACAGCAUUAUCAGCCCCACCACUAGAUACUUGCCAUGACCAAGAGCUCCGCCCAUUUCUCCUCCCCUCCCACUGCCAUGCCCUCUUCGCUUCAUUAUGUGGCUUAAAAGAAGAGGGGCUGCUGUUGGACUGCAGCUUAAAUCUUUCUGGUUCUUCAGUUCAGGCUCACCAAUUGGUGCUUGCCACCGUCAGUCAAAAGGUAAAGGAGUGGCUACUGUCUGAGAAAAAGACUUUUAAGGAGUUGAAUUUAUGCAGUGUGGAGAAGGAGGAGUGUCCAAUAACUCCAGCAGGACUGAAGACCCUAAUUAACUUUGCAUACUGUGGUACGGUAGACGUUGCUUACAAUGAAGGCAUCGUUUUGGAGGAGAUACUUACAGCCUGCAGGUGUUUAGGGGCGGAGCGACUGGCGGAGUUGCACAUGGACGAAGCUCCGCCCAGCGGGAGUGAUGAGAGAGGGAGGAGCCUCCAGAUGAUCAAGAAGAUGUGGGAGAGACGUGUGGGUUGUGACAUCAUCAUAAAAACCGAAAAUGGAGAGUGCUUUCCUGCCCAUCGUCUUAUCCUCGCCGCAGGAGGGGACUACUUCCGGGCCCUCUUCUGCGGAGGGUUACGAGAGUCUGAGGAGGAGGUGGUGUGUCUGCGAGGCGUACAGGCCUGUGUGCUGCGGUCACUCUUCCAGUUCAUCUACUCCGGACAGCUGAAUCUGGGCUGGACAAAUGUCUGGGAUGUCACGGAAGCAGCGAUGCAGUUUCAGCUGCAGGGGGCGCUCACUCUCUGCCUGAACUUCCUGCAGGACCGCAUGGACGACGGGUCCUGUUUGGACACUCUGUCUCUGGCGGAGGCAUAUGGGCUGGAGCAGCUUGGCAGGGCGGCGGAGGACUACAUCUUAGCCCACUUUCAGAGGGUCUCAGAGGGGGAGAAGUUUAAGGAUCUCCCCUGUCUCUACCUGGAGCGACUGCUGGAGAGAGAUGCCCUGAGUGCUGACAGUGAGGUGGCGGUGUUCAGGGCAGUGGUGGCAUGGGUAGAGGAGGACAAGGCUCAGAGGUUAAACAGUCUUCCAGGCCUUCUCCAAAGGAUCCGCUUUCCUCUAAUGACCCCACAUGAGCUACUAGAGGUCCAGGGCAGCAGACUGUUGAACAGGAAUUCGGUGGGAAGUCCAGCUUUGGACACAGUGAGGAAACUUCUAGAAGGAAAACCGAGAAUAGGCUACAAACCACGCACCCCAAAUCAGGUCUUAGUGCUGGUAGGUGGGGACAGUGUGAACGAGAACUUUGAGCGGCGGGAGCCAAACCACUGCCUGUGGUUCGCUCGGCGAUUUCUUCGUGGAGAAGGUUUGAUUCGUACGGUAGAGUGGGAGCCAUUGGCUCGCCUCCCAGAGCCUUCACGACUCCGCCAUUGCGUCUGUGUACUCAAUAAUAUCCUCUACAUCCUGGGGGGACGCAAGUACUACGGGAAACUGGACAUACUCAAGUCCGCAGUGAGGUUUCACCCUGCCCAGGGUAGGUGGGAGUGUUUGCCAGAUAUGAACAGCCCCAGGGACUACUUUGCGGCUGUGUGUUGUGGGGGCAAGGUGUUCGUCCUGGGCGGUAACUAUGAUGAUAUGAACUGCCUGGAUUCGGUGGAGUACUACACACCUGAAGAAAACACCUGGAGGUCGGCUCAUCCAUUAGACACACCCACCUGUGGUCAUGCCGCCGCUGUACUGGAUGGAGAGAUCUUUGUAUCCGGUGGUUGUGACUCUCAUCUUCGCUGUCUUCCUGCACUCUGGCACUACGACCCCGUCUACGGCUGCUCAACUCUCGCUCCCAUGUCUCGGGGCUCUGGCCGCGCCGGUCACGUGAUGCUGGCUGUAGGAAACCAGCUGGUGGUGGCCGGGGGUCUGCAGCCCAUGUGGAUGGGGUUUGGAGAUCAGCUGCAGUGCGAGGCGUACGAUCUGCUAAGAAAUACCUGGACACCCCUCCCUCUACUGCCACGCCCUCACCUGUCCCCGGCGGCCACCUGUGUGGACGGGCAGCUGUACGUUCUGGGCGGUUCUUCUGCUGAUUCUGCGCGAGAUACUCCGUACGUUCAUCGCUAUGAUCCUCGGGAAAACUGCUGGGACAAGCUGGGGAUGAUGCCAAGGCCGUACGCUGACCUGGCGGCAUGUGCCCUACAGAUACCCAUCAGUUUAAGGGGUUGAAGCAGUGGUUUGGUCAGAUUGGUCAAUUGGACGCUUGGGCCCAAUCCCAUUUCACCCCUGGGCUCUACCACUUACUCCUACCCCUACUUUUUGAGUGUAAUCCAUCCCUUUGGAACAGAGUUAGAAGGGGAAGGGGGGAAAUCCUCCACCCUAAGGCGCAAUCCCUUUUCACCCCUUGGCUGUACCCUCACGCCGAGGGGUGGGGGCGUCCCAAUUUUUGUUAGGCUGGAGGGGUAGGUUAGGGAAAGGGAUAGAGCUUGUUAGCUUUUCAUACAGAUAUUUUCCAGAUGCACACUUUAAACGAAGUGCUUAUUUGUCUACUUUUGCUCACAAGAAAAAUAGGUGGGUUCAGACACAAGGUGUUGAAUCUUCUGUAUCAGGUCCAGAUGUAAAUAUCUGGAAACAAAAACUAUAAUGUUGAUAUUUUGUGUCUAAUGCCCUAUCCAGACGGGAUUAUUUUCUCAGAGACGUCUGUAAAAAAUAUUUCACACUUCUACUCCUGCAUCUGGACUGCAAUUGAAAAAACAGGAGGAUCAGUGAGUUUUUAGGCUUUUUUCUUGGUCACAUGACAUCACAGCGUUCAGUAGCUCCUCCAUUUCCACUCGCUGUUGUGUUUUUAACAAGGAUCUCCGUGGAACGCAUGCCCAAAGUGUAAUUACGGUACACAGCAGUGGACAAAUAGCUAUUUUGUGAAACGUGAGGAGACGAAACUCAGAGAUGUGCGUCCGG